UUUUCAGUGACCACCAGGAUAGUAGGGGGUGGAAAAGCGCCGCCAGAGUAUGGGAAAUUCCACGCAUCUCUUCAGAACCUGACCGGCCACCAUGUCUGUGGUAGUGCCAUAGUCUCCAAAAAUCAUCUGGUCACAGCUGCACAUUGCGUUGUUGGGGCAGAUCCUGAGUACAUAAAAGCAAUUGUCGGUACUAUAGAUUUGGAUGAAGGUGGUUUACCAUACAAAAUUGACUCCAUACAUAUACACCCAAAGUACAACAGUACACUGCGACUUAACGACAUUGCUGUAAUAAAAAUUCAAGGAGACUUUGACCCAACUUACGUGGACGUAUUAAAAAUAACUGAAGACAAACUGAAAGAAGAUGAGAAUGUUUUACUUGUUGGCUUUGGAGCACAAACGCCAAACGGUGAGUCAAGUCGUCGGAUGCUGGCACUGAAUCUAACAGUGUUUUGCCAGGAGACCUGCCGAUAUGCUAUGCGGUACACUCGACAUGUCUACGAUACCAUGUUCUGUACAUUCACGAAGAAGGGCCAGGGAACUUGUCAUGGUGACUCAGGCAGUCCACUGACGAGGAACGGUCAGCUCAUCGGAAUAGUGUCCUGGGGGAUUCCAUGUGGGAUCGGUUUUCCUGAUGUCCAUACAAGAAUCGCGCUAUAUGCGAAAUGGAUAAACGGGAUCAUUGGAGAAUCUACGAAAUACAAGUGUAGAGCAAAAGUCAAAGUGAACGUAAACGUCAAAGUAUCCGGGACCAUCAAAAAGGAUUCACAGUAGUACAAAUAAAAGCGGAGUGGUAGAUUCGUAGGAUAUAUUAAAGAAUACCUCUUCAUAAGGUGGGA